CCAGAGUGGAACAAGAUUGGAGGGACCAAAAUAGCUGUUCCGCUUGUUCGUUGUGAACCGAAGGAUUAGCGGAGCGUCCAUCUUUUCCCUUUUGUCCUGCUCCUGCGCUGCAGUCCUGACUGCCUCUCGUGUCCAGCCAUGAAUAGACAGGUGACUCUGGCCACCUGCAUUGCUAAGAUGUACGAAGGUGGGAAGCUGGACAGUUCUGGGGCUGUGGCUGGAAAGCCGAAGAAGGCCAGCCCGUCCCUCCUGGGCACUUUGGGCGACGUGGAGGAUAAGCUGAACCUUCUGGAAGUUAAGGUGGAACAGAUUGCCUGCACCCAGACAAUGGUGAUUCAGAAGCUGGACCUGGUGUCUCAAGGAAUGGAUGCCCUGGAAAAGACCCUUGUCCAGUUCAAGCAGGAUACGCUGGGACGAUCGGUCAUAAAACCCACUCAGAAAGAUGCAAGACAAGCAGGCGGCGAAGUGGCAGAGGUCAGGAGUCUUUGUGAAGAAACUGUGGCGCUGCUGAAGAGCCUCAAGCAAGAGGGCCAGGUGCAGAGAAAGAAGAUUGAGGGAAUAGAAAGUUCUGUGUCCACUCUGGAUAAAGUGCUCGGGUAUGUGGGUGAAGCUUUCCGCAGCUCCAAAAUUGUGGAGUUCAUUCUCAACGGUGUGGUGCCAUGGAGGAAGCAAGGCCUUCUGGACACGGCGGAGGAGGAGAAAACCAUAUCAGACGAUAGCACAGCGAAGGCGAAAGCACCUCUCAGCCAUCUGGGGACUCCAGAGGAGAUUAAUGAGGAAGCUGCAGUCCUGUAUGGGUGUGAGGGGCAGGAAGUGACUUCUUCCACCUCAGCUGGUCUAUUCCCAGCUGGACCAAAGGAAGCCCCACGCUGUCCGGAUGGAGCAGAGAUGUGCGCAGGUAAAGCUCAGCGUCGGAUGAAGGAGGUGACGGUGAAGAGCAGAGAGCCCAGCAGAGUUCAGGCCUUCGCUCCUCUGAGGCAGCCUCAGCCUCAAACAGCUCCAGAAACUCAGCCUUCAGAGACUCGGAGCGUGCCCACAGCCGAGCAGGACGCCUCAGUUUCCCAGCCGGAGAGACCGUCUCUGCACUGUUCUGCACAAGAGGAGCUGGAAGCAGAGCGAAGGCAAGGAGACGUCCCUGGGGAACCAUGGCUCCUCACCGAGCAGCACAUGCCUGUCAAAGAAAACUUGGAAGCUGGCUUGCAGCAGAAGGAGACAGUUGCUCUGGCAACUCCACGGCCAAAAGGGGCCGAGCGUGAGCCAGAAUCUGAACCUGUCACCCAGGAAACCAGUACAGAGGAAGCUGGCAUGAUUCUGGAAAAACCUGGCACAUACCAGAACAAAUCUGACCCUGCCAAAGAAAGUUCUGUGCCACAGAGCAGGACGGGUCCUGCAGCGCAGAGUGGGACGAGUCCUGCAGCGCCGAGUGGGACGAGUCCUGCAGCGCAGAGUGGGACGAGUCCUGCAGCGCCGAGUGGGACGAGUCCUGCAGCGCCGAGUGGGACGAGUCCUGCGGCGCCGAGUGGGACGAGUCCUGCGGCGCCGAGUGGGACGAGUUCUGCGGCGCCGAGUGGGACGAGUCCUGCAGCGCAGAGUGGGACGAGUCCUGCGGCGCAGAGUGGGACGAGUUCUGUGGCGCCGAGUGGGACGAGUCCUGCACCACAGAGUGGGACGAGUCCUGCACAACAGACAGGGACAAAGUUACAAUCAGGAAUUCUCAGUAAAGGACCUGAGCCACAGCUCCUGAUCAUUGACGACUGUCCGCCUCGGCCGGCCCCGUUUGAGCAUCGCAUCGUCAGCGCCAAGCAGGUUCCCAUGGGCUCCUAUUAUGCGGUCAAGCCUAACGAGCUGCUGGGAGGGGGGCGUUUCGGACAGGUGCACAAGUGUGCUGAGCUCUCUUCAGGACUUACUUUGGCUGCCAAGAUCAUAAAAGUGAGGGGGAUGAAAGAAAAGGAUGAGGUGAAGAAUGAGAUUGGGGUCAUGAACCAGCUAAACCACGUGAACCUCAUCCAGCUGUACGAUGCGUUUGAAUCUCGCACCAACCUCACUCUCAUCAUGGAAUACGUGGAGGGGGGCGAGCUGUUUGACCGCAUCGUUGACGAGCAUUACCAGCUGACGGAGCUGGAUGCUAUCGUCUUCAGUCGGCAGAUCUGUGAGGGAGUCCAGUAUCUCCACCAGCAAUACAUCCUGCAUUUGGACCUUAAGCCUGAGAAUAUACUGUGUGUGAGCAACACCGGGAACCAGAUCAAGAUCAUUGACUUUGGACUUGCCAGAAAGUACCGUCCCAGAGAGAAGCUGAAGGUAAACUUUGGAACUCCUGAGUUCUUGGCGCCGGAAGUGGUCAAUUACGACUUUGUGUCCUUCCCUACAGACAUGUGGAGUGUUGGCGUCAUCACAUAUAUGCUUUUAAGUGGCCUUUCUCCGUUCCUGGGUGAAAGUGAUGCAGAGACCAUGAACAACAUCCUUCAUGGUAACUGGGACUUUGAUGCUGAGGCGUUUGAGAAUGUGUCAGAGGAGGCCAAAGAUUUCAUCUCCAGACUCCUCGUACCAGCCAAGUGCAGUCGUCUGAGUGCGUCGGGCUGUAUGAAGCACAGCUGGCUGAAUAACCUGGAGGAAAAGGCCAAGAGACACAGGGUUCGACUCAAGUCCCAGCUGAGACUUCAGAGCUACCUAGCAGCUCAUCGGCAGUGGAAGAAACACUUCUAUGCAGUGGCAGCGGCCAAUCGACUGAAGAGGUUCCAGCAGAACAGGUCUGUUAGCACGCCAUAGCCUGAGGAAACUGGACCUUCUGAGUGAAGAGCUGGACCUUCUCUCUGUCUCUGAGGUCCACUUCAAUGGGCAAUUGUCCUUUAGGGGGCAUUGAAGAAUACUGGACAGUCACAAAAUGACCCUAGAAACUGUGCAGUGAAGGGAGUGUUUUCAUUUUUUUAGUUAGUGAGUGAAAUAAAAUGACAUUUGUUUGGAGACUCAACACUGAAAUGUUCAAAGUCUGUUUAUCAAUUACAUCUGUAUAAAAUUACCUGAAUAAUGUGUAUAUAUAUAUGUAUAUAUAUAAUGUAUAUGUAUAUAUAAAUAUAUGUGUAUAUAUAUAUAAUGUAUAUGUAUAUAUAUAUAUAUAUAAACCUGGCAAGAAAAAACAUCUUAAAUCUAUAGACAGUGGUAUGCAAAAGUUUUGGCACCCCAGAAAAUGAUCUGCCAUUAGAAUAAGACGAUGUCUCUUGGUAAAAUUGCAUAAAACAAAUAAGUUUAAAACACAGAAAACAAGUUUAAAACACUUAAUACUCUUAACUAAAAUAAAAAUAAACUUAAAUAAACUUAACUAAAAUAAAUUCUCACAACUCACAAAAAUGAGAAAUAUUUGAUAUAUAUAUUGACUAGAUUUAAGAUGGUUUCACUUGCCAGGAUACCAUUUCUUGCAGUGUCAUCACUUUAUUGGGUCUCCGAAAAAAUAAUUCCCAGAUUUGCUAUGCCGUCCCCGUAGGAGUGUGUGGAAUUGUUAUUGUACAUAUUGCAGAGAGCUGGGAAUAAUGUGCUAAAGUUA